AUGGAUCCAAUCGAAGCAGAAGGCAACAUCAACAUCGAUGGCAAGCAUGAGGUCGAGCUAGAACACACUGAGAGACUCGGCGAUGUGCAAAAGCAUGAACUUCCUCCACUGACGAAAGGUCAAACUCGACGCUUCAAGACCAAGGUCGAUCUCCAUGUCUUACCAAUGUUGGGUAUAAUCUACGCGAUAUCCAUCAUCGAUCGAAUCAACAUUGGAAGUGCUAAAGUCUUGGGAAUGCAGCAAGACUUGGACUUGGGAACUGGACAGCGAUACUCGAUCAUCCUUAUGUUGUUCUUUCCAGGCUAUGCCAUUUCAGAUGUGCCGUCGAACUGGAUUCUCACCAGAGUUCAGCCGCGAAUUUGGCUCCCCUUCCUGACGUUUGCAUGGGGUGCGGUAUUGACAGGUAUGGCAUUCCUGCAUAACUGGCAGGCGAUGGUUUUCUGUCGUUUCCUGCUUGGUUUGUUCGAAGGGGGAGUCUUGCCAGGUAUUACAUUCACAAUUGCGUGCUGGUACACAAGGACAGAAUUGCACAAGCGGAUCGCCGUUGCCUAUGGAGUUGGGAUUAUUGCGUCUGCAUUCGCCGGCAUCCUCUCUUAUGGACUCGGGUCUAUGGGAGGACUCCGCGAUAUGAAAGGUUGGCGCUGGGUCUUCUCUAUCGAAGGAGGUGCCUCCAUGCUGGUCGGUCUUAUUGCUCCGUUCUUCGUUCCCAGAUUCCCAGAUUCCACGAAAUGGAUUAAGCCAGACGAAAGACAGUAUCUCUAUACAAAACUUGAGCAAGAUCGUGGAGACUACAAGACAGGCACGGUGAAUUGGUCCUCCUUUAUCGAAACCUCGAAAGACUGGACACUGUGGGUUCAGGGAACGAUAUACGCCUUCAAUGUUGGAACCGCUAAUGCAACCGCCUUUUUUGCUCCGACUAUUAUAACAGGCCUGGGUUAUUCCGGCCUAGAUGCUAGUCUGCGUUCUGGUUACCCCUUUUUCGCCGCACUUGGUCUUAUGGCCAUUACUUCGACGAUCUCAGACAAAUAUCAGCGAAGGGCAUCUAUAUGCAUCUUCAAUUCAAUCGUUAUGAUCAUCGGCUUCUCUAUUAUGCGUCAGGGUUUAUCUAACAAUGUUCGGUAUGCCGGUAUCUUCCUGGCCACGAUGGGGGUUCAUUCCAACACCCCAGCACUACUAGCUUUCAACCAAUCCAACAUAGUCGGGUCAGCUGCGCGAGCAGUAUCUGCAGGUAUCCUAAUUGCCUGCGGCGCUAUAGGAGGGAUUAUUGGAAGCUUGAUUUUUCGUGGUCAAGAUGCUCCUUCUUAUGGACCUGGAAUCUAUACUACGAUUGGUCUAACGACUUACAUGGUAUUUGCUCUUGCCUUCAUGGUAUGGAUUUACAGGAAGCGUAAUAAAGCCGCGGAUAGAGACGGUGUCGAUAUUCAAGGUGUGCCAGGAUUCAGAUAUGCAUUAUGA